CGAAUGAGGACUGACCACGCAAGAUAUUCUUGACAUCACACUGCAAAAUUACUCUGGCUGCUCGCUGAUGUCACGCUGUCCACGGCGCCUCAAAGGAUGAAAGGAAAUUUAAGAAAGUAAUUGACAGUUUCUGAAAGGCCUGAUACAGGUCGUUCUGUGUCUGGUUUUGUGAGUUCUUUAGGACCAUUGUGAGGGUUCCUUCUUCGUCCUGGGAUGGUUUUAGGAAACUUGCCAAUGUGUGAACCCUUACUCCAGCAUCUGUGAGGGUCUUAGAGCCUUCCUUUGCUUUCUAUGAAAGUUUUGGGGUCGUUUUCAUCAAAUGUGAUCGUCUCCGAUCCUUCCUUCAGCAUCUGUGACGAUCUUGGGGUCUCGUCACCACCAGCUGUAACGAUCUUGGCCCCUUCGUCUAGAAAUUUGCCACCGCCUUGGACCCCCCAUCUUCUAUCUGUGAAGGUCUUAAGGGCCUUCCUCCACCAUCUGUGAGGACUGGGGGUCCCCUUCACCACCUGUGACGGCUGGGGGGUCCCCUUCACCACCUGUGACAUCCGUGGGCGGCCCCCACGCAAAACUUCUCGCUCCAAUUCCCGAGAGCAAUUUCUCCACACCAACCCACCCUCAUCCUCUGAAAAGACUUUCACAAUAAGUUGAGCUCCUCACCGUGAGAGGGUGUGGGAGUGGUGAGAUGACCCGGACAAUGGACCAUUAUGAGAAGCACAAUAAUCACCCCAACCACAGUGGCAAACACAGCGACGGUGGAGUGUCCUACUCAACCAGCACGGACAGCCCCGGCCUCUGUGCUUUCAUCCUCACAAUCAUCUCCUAUCUACUUAUUGUAGCUACUUUCCCCUUCUCGCUAUGUCUCUGUAUCAAGGUAGUGCAAGAGUACGAGCGAGCGGUCAUCUUCCGACUCGGUCGUCUCUUAAAGGGAGGUGCCAAGGGCCCAGGAAUCUUUUUCGUCAUCCCCUGCAUCGACUCCUACAGGAAGGUCGACCUUCGAACUGUUUCCUUCGACGUUCCCCCGCAAGAGGUCCUCACUCGUGAUUCUGUAACCGUGGCUGUAGAUGCCGUCGUCUACUACAAGAUCUACCGUCCGAUAGAGAGUGUGGCAACAGUGGCAGACUUUAGCCACUCGACUCGCCUCCUGGCCGCCACUACAUUGAGGAACGUCCUGGGUACCCGCAACCUGGCUGAGAUUCUCAGUGAGCGAGAGUCCAUCUCUGCCACCAUGCAGAGUUCCCUGGAUGACGCUACUGACCCUUGGGGCGUCAAGGUGGAACGCGUGGAAAUCAAGGAUGUGCGUCUGCCUGUGCAACUGCAACGAGCCAUGGCAGCAGAAGCUGAGGCAGCGCGAGAAGCGAGAGCCAAGGUGAUCGCGGCUGAGGGUGAACAACGAGCCUCGCGAGCUCUCAAGGAAGCCGCGGAUGUCAUCAAUGAGUCUCCAGCAGCACUCCAGCUCCGCUAUCUUCAGACGCUCAACGCAAUAUCGGCAGAAAACAACUCAACCAUUAUAUUCCCGCUGCCCAUUGACGUCUUAACGCAUAUGAUUCAGAAAAAGGAUGCUGAGUAAAUCAGGUACAAUGGCUUAUGACUUCGGUGGACGGAAUGUGGUAGAUUGGCCUAAAGUCUCCGCGGCUCGAGUACACGGUGACAUAUGGACGA